GGUUCCGGCGAGCAUUGGACGGCGUGCAGGGUUCAGUCGUUUUCAGAGCUCUCGUGCGAGCGGCCGUUGAGCUGGAAAACCAUCCCAGAGUGGUCGUUUUGAGUUAUCGCGUUCGCCACCGUUGUCCAAAACGAAGAGAAAACGUUCUCGAUCCUUGUUGGCGGGAAAGUGUUCCACGUGCGCCACGUGUACGUUGUGUAGGCGAGGAGUUUGAACGGUUGCAAUCGUUUGGAAGUAAAAGUGUAUAGUGUUUCUUUGAAUAGUGUCGGAGAUUCGGAAGUCAAGUUUAUACUUUCCAACGAAACGAAAUUCAAAGUCUCGCACAAAAAAAUCAUCGCAGCGAUCGUGAAGAAAAGGUUACAACAAGGCGUCAACAAACAAUAAACAUCCUGCGGCACUGCUUGGAUUGUUGACUUUCUCUCACGUUCGUACAUGCUCACGGGAAACGAGCAUCAAAAGCAAACGACCUGUCCCACCAGCCAGUCGGGGUGAAAUACAGUACGGCUAGGUGACGGAGACGACCAAGCAGGGGAAAAAAUAAGCCUCCCUUCUAACCAAUCCAACCGCAAAGGCUACCGCAAACCUUCCAAAAGAAAGGAAAGGGAAGAGAAAAGAACGACUCGGAGCACGAGACUUCCCACAGUGACAAUAUGCUCCUGGCGGUGACGAGUACGACCGAAAAACCUCAACGCAAGUAGACGCUACGAAAAGUUUUCGCCCUUCCUCCCAGCGACGCUAGGGAAAGGAGAAGGCCAAACGCGUGGGAACGAAAGUACGAAGGCGUUCGUGCAUAAGGUCGAGCUGUGGACGGUCUCAGCAGCGAGCAAAGAAAAAUAACGUUCUUUUUCUGCACAUUUGCACACAUACACACGGCGAAACGGGGUCAAAGGGCAAGUGAAAGCGUAGCGUAACCUUUUCCACCAAAGAUUGACCGAGAAGUUAAACGAAGCAUAACAAAGCGGGAAUUAAAUUUGAACAGCUUGUUCUUUAACGCAAGCAAGCAAAACAAAAAGACACAUACAGUGAAGUAAUACACAUACCCGGGUGAAGUGAAAAAUCCUCCGUACAGGACACACACAGGGAGACGACAGAUUCAUCACACAGAAUGAGGAUUAGGCGGAGCGUGAAUAUUAGCAACGGCAGUGUCUUUCAUCUGGCCCUCGUCACCAUGGCAGCGCUCGUGCGACAAGUUAUCACGGAGGACUGUGGACAGGAGGAGCUGGUACAGUGCACAAGACCGCUGCAGGUCCUAUCGGCCACAUCGGAGCUGUCCUUCGUUACCAAGAAGGAGGAGCUGGAUAAACUUUGCCCCGAUCUGCACAAAGGACUGCACUGCAUACGAAGCUACACCCGGCGCUGCAUGAAUAUUCAUCAACGAGACCACUUCAACAAACUCUACCACGGCACUAAUGAAGUGAUACACGAGCUCUGCGAGGAAGGCCCAUAUCAGGAAGACUUUCUUAGACAUGCACCGUGCAUGCGGCAUGUGAAAAAAGACUACGAGGUGUGUGCGAUCCACUACCAGAGCACCAUGGCGAAGAUAGGCCAGUCGGUGGCAACGACAACCACCACGACGGUAGCGUCGUCCAUCUACCCAACAAUGGCCACACAUCCGGCGGCCGUCAUGAGCAAUGGUGGUGGGCAGUACCACAACGGUGACAUGAGUCAGCAUCAGCAUCACCAUCACAGACAGCAGCAGCAGCAGCACGAACAUUUGGGCCGAAGCCAUCCAAACAGCACCAAGUCGGUGGAGGAUGCGGAGGAAGAACGGCUUAAAACGGUUUGCUGUGCCUUCCAGAAGUACAUGCAGUGCUCGGAGUUUACGGUGCGGCAUGCCUGCGGCGACGAGACGGCGCUGUUCACGCGCAAAUUCCUCGACAAGAUGUCCAACACGUUGAUGCGGAUGCACUGCGUCGAUUACACGCCGGAAAGUGGCAAAUGCCGGGAUUACUUCAGCUCAAGCGCAACCCCGACGGGUCUAACGCGGUGGAGUUCAUCAAACAUGGUCACACUCGCCAUUGUCACGGUGCUUGCGGUUGUGCACCACUGGCUGGGAACGUUUAUUUAAUCGCCACCCAUAUUGACGCCGAUCGGUGCACGAUCGCACCCGGUACGAUCUCGAUGACAGCGACGGGGAAUCAGCGAAAGCAAGGAUGCAUCUCCAUUGGCUGCAGGUAAAUGACCAUAGAAGCGCUGUAAAUUGAGUGGAAAGUAAUGUUUAAUGGGUGAUUGAAAUGCAUAAAAAGGUGCAAAAAUCACAUCCAUACAAGCUGACAAAAGAGAACAGCUAAAGCUUUGUUACACGCGGAAGAAAGGCAAACACUCAAAUGCAAAAACGAAAAAAAGAAACAACAAAAAUUAGAUAAUGAAGCACAUACCAACACAAGGCUACACGCUGGAGUUAAAGUAAAACGAAAAAGAAGUAGACUGGACUCGUGCGAAGGGAAAGUAUAGGGAAAGCAACACGGUAUCCUCUUGUUUCUCUUUAUCUGAGGGUAAAUACAGCUGGCGCCGUGACCAGGAUGCAAACUCGUUUAUUUUUCCGUAAUUACCGAUGAUAGGCAGUACGGAUUGAUUAUUUCAUUUUUCAGUUUAGAGAAAUGUUUCACAACGUGUAAAAAAAGAUGAAAAACGAUUAAUGAAAGAAAGGAAGCAAAACCGACGGUCCUAUGAACUAUUGUUACUAUUGAUUAUUCCUUGUAAUAUUGCCUUCACAACAAUUACUAGAUGAAAAGGGAAGAAAAGAUCAUAAGCAACACAAGCGAAAGAAAAACUCUUACGGGCAAAGCUCAAAUGUUUAGUAAAAUAACU